GAGAAAUUUCUAGACGCAUGCUGAUCAUUUGAGGCGGCUUCGUGCGGAAACUGUAACAAAUAUUCUGCAGCGACACGUGGCCAUUGCCACCACUACAGGCCUCCAUAAAGAAGCAAUUCCAUGUUCUUUCCGAGCCAAUUUGCCCCUGAAUGGUUUUUCUACAUUUCCAUCCUACUCUGACAACCGCUGCGCACCAUGUCAAUCGCAAACCUCCUGCUGAACCGCCCCAUUCCCCGGGAGUCUAUCGAGCUAGGCCGCCUCGUUCUGGACCCCAAGUACCCCGAUCAAGACUUUUGCCAGCCCUAUUCCCAAAGCCCGGGCGACGAAUCACCGGACGCCAUAUAUCCCAUCGCGCGCCCCUUCGAACCCGACGUUGCUACCCAACGACUCGAAAAUUUCCACACUGUGCUUGAGCGCACACGGGGCACACGACUGGGGCUGAGCCUGCUCAAACUGCUCGCGGCCACAGACUCCGCACCCACACGCUUAGAGACCAUCACCGCCCCGCUCUGCGUCAUUCACCAGCUGCGCAACGCUAGCGCUUACUUCAGCGCUGCGUGUCGGGAGACCCAUGUGCGCACCUGGUUGGAGAAGGAAUCCCAGCGCCUAUACAGCAAAGUCUACCUCGUGUGCGGUUUCAAGACGCUAACCGACGCUCGCGUUAGUCUAGCGCGUUGCCACAAAACCAAGCUCGACGCGUCUGUUGCCGUGUCCGCUGUAAUCGCCGCUGCAGGGGGGGUGCCGGCGCUAGGGUCGGACCUCGAUAUCGGCGGUAGCUUCUCUUUGACGAGCGGUUCCGCUGAGGAGGUUGGGUAUACGGCCGCCGGUGAGCAGGGUUUCGCAGUGCAGUAUCGCAAAAUCCACUUCUCGCGGUUUUCAACACAGAAAGUUGAUAAAGCCUACCUUGAGAAGGGCAAUCGCUGGAAAUCGUAUGUCUCCACCCGGGCCGGAGAGGAUACCGAUGAAGGGGUUGAUGCGGAGGUUGCUGGAACCGUUACCCUGCUAAAUUUGAUGGGCACGUACGAGAGUGUCGACUUGGAUGGAGAGCAGAUACUGUAUCGGGUGGAUGAAGGGAUGGACGGAGUGACUGUAUGACAACAUUCGGGAUAACUGAUUUUCGCCCCUCUCCACUUUCUAUCCAGCGAACAGGGACCCUUGAAAGAUUCUCCAAAUAGGCGGCUGUAGCUGUCGGAAAGUUGCACGUCUUUUCAAUCAAGGAAAGGGGUUUUCUGUUAGGAGCGGCCUGAUCCGAAUUCUGACGUCGGCCGUCUCCCAGUCGGCUUUCUGAGCACCGGGAGUGGGGAUGCAAUGCCUUAGCCAGCUUGUGCCAAGAUCGCCCAAGAGGUCUUCCAGAUCAUGGGACCUUUCGCUGAUGCCGCUUCGUGUGACCGCGUCUUCCAUCUCCCCCAAACCCUGGAGCUGGAGCGCGUCAAGGCUCCUUGGAGGGUCGCACACAAAGAUCUUGAGAGUAUCUACAACGGCGACGCCGUCCUUAGCCGGUGCCCUGAGUUCCGGGGCGACCUGCAUCCAAAAAUACGUCUUCUUGGUUU